ACUAGGAGUAGGAGUUAGGCUUAAAAAUUAAUUUUAAAUUUGGAUCAUGGAAGAAAGUGCGUCAGAGAGAGACGCUUUGUUAGGGGACGUAGAUCAUUUCAACGAUCCUGCAAAUGGCUACAUCAGCCAUGAUGCUGUCCAAGGAGAGACUAAAGUAGGAAGAUCUCCAAGUGAUAUAGGACCUGCAGAUAAACCACCUAAAGAUAGGUAUUUCUUUGUUUACAUAGUAUUCUACACAUUUGGCAUGUGUUCUGUUCUUCCAUGGAAUAUGUUCAUCACUGCUCAGAAUUACUUUGACUACAAGUUUGCAAACCAUGAUAGCAACACGUCAACUUCUAAUGACACAUUCCUUGAUAUGACGGCAGCUCCCAUCCCUCAAACACCAGCACCUCAAACAAAGACAGAACUGCAAGACAUGUAUGAAUCCUACUUCUCUAUAGCAGCACAAGUACCAAAUGUUGUUAUACAACUCGUCAAUACUGGUAUAAAACACAAGAUAACUCUCAAAGUACGAAUGCUUACAUCACUGACUGGCAUGUUGGUUAUUUUUAUUUUCACCACUGUAUUAACAAGAGUUGACACCAAUGAUUGGGAGAAACAGUUUUUCUGGAUAACAUUAGCCAGUGUGGUUGUCAUCAAUUGUUUUAGUGCCAUAUUCCAAGGUAGUGUGUUUGGUUUAGGGGGAUUACUGCCAAAAAAAUACACCCAAGCUCUCAUGGCUGGACAAGGAUUAGGUGGAAUCGUUCCAGCAUUAGUCUCUAUCAUCUGUCUUGCAACUUUGAAAAACUACUCGUUAGUUGGAUUUGUAUAUUUCCUCAUCUCUGUUAUCUGCAUCGUCAUAACAUACGCUGCUUAUUUGGUUCUACCAAAGAAUCAGUUUGCUGAAUACUACCUCAAUAAACAAGCUUCUCCACGAACUGGAAUGAUAGAUGUCUCAGCGUCGUUUAGCAAUAGCUUUGAAGAGAAGAAGACACCCAAGCCCCCUUUUUUGAAAAUAUUAAGUCAGAUAUGGGUUGCAGGAUUAGGAGUAUUUCUAACAUUUGCUGUGACACUUGGUAACUUCCCUGGCGUAAUAUCACAGAUAGAAUCUAUGCAUCAGAGCGAAUGGACAGAUAUGUACUUCACACCGAUCUUCUGCUUUCUUCUUUUCAAUGCAUUGGAUUAUUUAGGUAGAUCUUUGUCAUUUAUUCAGCUGCCCAGCCAAAAUCACAUGGGAGUCGUGAGUUUGUUGGUCAUUCUGCGAUUAGGUUUUUUCCCUCUGUUUGCCCUGUGUAACGUUAGCCCUGACUCCAGGAACUCGGAUGUGGUCUUUACCCAUGAUGCCUACCCUAUUGUCUUCAUGUUCUUCUUUGCCUUGUCCAAUGGUUAUCUAGGGUCACUCUGCAUGAUGUAUGGCCCAAAGUUUGUGAAGCCAGAGCACCAGGAGACUGCAGGCAACAUGAUGGCAUUCUUCUUGGUCUUAGGGUUGGCUACAGGAUCAGCUAUAUCAGUAUUGGUCAUUUAUGUUCUUUGAAAGGUCACAAUGGUCAUAGACAGACUGUGUACUGGAUACAGGGUGAUGUGAAGGCUGCAUUGUAGGAGAUAGACAUUGGAUAGAAACAGAUUGUACAUGGUGGAUAUA